AUGGUUGUGUGGACAGCUGAGGAACGCGCUGCGAUUCAGAACAUCUUUGCCAAACUCGACUUUGAGUCGGUGGGCCUCGAGACCUUGACAAGAUGCUUGGUCGUCUAUCCGUGGACUCAGCGGUACUUUGGUGGGUUUGGAAACCUGUACAACACAGAGGCAAUCAUGGCUAACCCAAAAGUCAAAGCGCACGGUGUUGUGGUCCUCAAGGGACUGGAAAAGGCUCUCAACAACAUGGAUAAUAUCAAGAGUACCUAUGCUUCUCUCAGCGAGCUUCACUCAGAGAAACUACAAGUCGACCCAGGCAAUUUCCGGCUGUUAGCGGACUGCCUGACCGUGGUGAUUGCUACACGCAUGAGGAGUGAGUUCACCCCGGACAUCCAAGCUGCGUGGCAGAAGUUCCUGUCUGUUGUUGUGUCAGCCCUUAGAAGGCAAUAUCUUUAG